UAAGAUGUUGUUUUUGCAAGUUUAUUCAUAUUUAAAUUUAAAAAAAGGAAAGGCAAAAAAAAGAAGAAAUAUUCUGUUUUUAUUAUUUAUGUGUGUAAAAAGAAAGGAAAACGUUUGUCGAUAAAAACAACGAUGAAAAUUUUUUUUUCAAGAAUCUAAAAUCAGUAAUUCAUUUGUCGAUUCAAUCUAAACAACAACAACCACCACAAUGCUUGCAACAAAUAUCAUUGAUGUGGAUUUGGAAAAGAAUCCAACAUCAUCUUCGAUAAAGAGCAACAACAACAUGACCAUCGACAACAAAAAUCCAUUGGAAUAUUUUAGAAAAUAUUUCCAAUACAUUUGGAUCUUUGUAUUUACAUUGCCAUUAUUAUUGUCUAUAUUUUUCCUAUUAUGUUAUUACAUAACCGUCAAAAAUGGUUUUGUAUAUCCAUUAUUUCCAUAUAUAAGUGAUACUGGUGGCCAUCCACCGGUUGCCUGUUAUUUUUCAAUGAUGAUCGAUAUUAUUGCAUUGCUUGUAUUUAUAGCUGGAUUAUUUCGUUAUAAACAAAUUGAAUAUUAUCUUAGCAGAGAAAAAACAGCAACAAUAAAUGCAGAACGACAAUGGUUGAUUAAUUUAAAUUAUUAUUCAUUAAUUGCUACGUGGAUUUCACCAAUCGGUUUGAUUAUGAUUGGAAAUUUUCGUGAAACCGAAAAUAUUCAUCCACAUAUGGCUGGUUUUCUUGUAUUCUGGUUGCCAAUAACUUAUUAUAUGUUUGCAGCGAUAAAAAUUAUUGAUCAUAUUGAUUGUGAAAGUAGUGCCAUCACUAUUCGUUUACAAUCAUGGUUAUCAUUGAUUUCUAUAUCAAUAUUCAUAAUUUCAAUGCCAAUUUCUGGCUAUCAACGUGGUAAUAUAAUGGCAAAUUUAAAUAAUGAAAUUCGUCAACAUUGGUCACCGGAUGAUGAUGGUUAUGAAUGGCAUAUAUUCGGUGCCAUUUGUGAAUGGAUUGGCAUUAUUACAUCAUUAUUAUUUAUUAGUUCAAUAGGUUUACAUUCAAAACAACUUGUAUCGUUUGAUGUGUCAUUCAUAAUAAUAAUUAUCAUUUUUUUCCCUCAAAAUAAUGAUAAUGAUGAUGGUGAUUAUGGUGAUACAAGGCCCCACACACAUGCAAAAUUAAAAAAAACACAUUUGGAACAUUUAUGAAUAUGCCAAACACACACA